AAUUGUUACACAUUGCUGUUGAGAGAAAAUUAAACUCUGAAUUGUAAACUUGAAUUUAUAACAAUUUAACAAGUUAUUUGUGUUCGGACAAUUCAGCACAUUUAUGUGACUUCAAAUAAAUAAUAACACAGCGAAAUUAUCAUCGGGAUAUCAAAUCUUUUCGUGGGUCCGGAAAAAUAAAGGACUUUCAACACCCACGAUAUUAAUUUAAAGUAUGAAAAAUCAGGCGAUGAAUUUAAAUCACUUGCUGGAUAUCGAGGACGCGACUUCCGGUGACGGCGGAGGCGGUGUCAAGAUAGAAGCAUUCGAAGCAAAAUGUGCCGUCAAGUUGGAGGAACGAGAACUAUGGACCAAGUUCAAGGAAUACACGAACGAGAUGAUUGUCACCAAAAAUGGAAGGCGCAUGUUCCCGGUGUUCAAGGCGAGUAUCAGCGGGCUCGACCCGAACGCCAUGUACUCGAUCCUGCUCGACUUUGUGCAGGUGGACGCGCACCGCUGGAAGUACGUGAAUGGCGAGUGGGUGGCCGGCGGGAAGGCGGAACCCAGCGUCCCCAACUGCGUAUACGUACAUCCGGACAGCCCAAACUUCGGCAGCCACUGGAUGAAGGAGCCCAUCUCCUUCUCCAAGGUCAAACUGACCAAUAAGAUGAACGGCGGAGGACAGAUCAUGCUCAACUCGCUGCACAAGUAUGAGCCCCGGCUUCACGUUGUAAAGGUGACGACAAACGCCCAAAAGAAGCGGAUCAGCAGCUUCAACUUCCCAGAGACGCAGUUUAUAGCGGUCACCGCGUACCAGAACGAGGAGAUCACCGCACUGAAGAUUAAACAUAACCCGUUUGCAAAGGCAUUCCUGGACGCCAAAGAAAGACCGGAACAAAGAGAUUUUUUAGAAGAAAACUUGGACAACCAACAACGCUCCCUAUCACACUUGACGGGAACGUGGUACAUGCCUCCUGGUGGUGGUUUAUUUCCGCCCCCAGCUCACCAGUUUGCCAACACCCUCGGCCUCGCCAACCCGCACUGCGACCGCCUCUCCUUCCGGAACUCUCGGCACGCACCAUACCCGCAUCCCUACCAACGGCGCUCACCUCCUAACACGAUAUCCCGGGACAUGAGCCAGAAUCUGCCGAUGCUGAACAUCGCCGACAACUGGAGCCAGUUCACGAGCACCGCCGGCAUGCUCAACUGCAACUCCGGCUCCCAGCCUCAGUACGGUAUGUGGAUGGGCUCCGCUAUGCCGGGAAACAUCUCGCCCAAUCAGAACUGUUCUAUGCCGUAUCUGCGCAACGCCUCUUACUCGAUCCCGUCAUCCACAUCUAGUCAGAGUCACAUGACUUCCUCUUCCGGUCUGAUGGCGUUCGACCAGUGCGACAUCUCUAGUUUCGUGCCGACGCCCUCUCGAGACGUGUCCCGGAACAGCAAUUGGAGCCCGCUAACUCCGCCCCCUAUAUGAAGUGCGAAAUGAAGGGCCACAACUGCCAACUGUGAUACUAGUGAAAAUUCGAGGACUUGGGAGAAAUGUCCCGUUUUUACCACGAUAUAGUGAAACCAAAUAUAAAACAAAGACACGACCUCGAUUGUUCUCUGGUGGGAGAAUAUUGUUGCGAGUGAAAUGGUUUGCAAGUGAGAACGCCGUGACUUCGGCUUAAAUAAAAGUUAAAAUGGGCUUUGGUACGGCACCAGACAGUCUAAACGAACAUUAUAGUCGUACAUGUUAAGAACUCGAUUUAUCUGAAGGAAAUUAGCAUCGUCUGGGAAAGGGACUUAAAGCACGUGGUAAAACUAAACAAGAUUUUCGAUAAGAAGGGACUUCCUGUUAACGAGAAAUGACACAAAAGCGGAAAGUCUCGUCCCUGAUGCGCACAUGCUUUAAGAUCCGUUUUCAUAGAGCGCGGCUCAAAUUUAGUCAUACUCUGAGAAAACUGGACUACACAGGCUUAUCAGGGACGACACUUUACGCACAUGCAUUAUGCCCAGUUUUCCUCAGACCACGACUCAAAUAUAUUAUAAAGUAUUUCUGUGACAUUUAAAUGUCUGUUAUAAAAUCUGGACAUAUCAAAUAUGAAAAUGACGUCAGAAUCGAGCGUCAUAGGCAGCCACUAUGCCUUAUGACAAACGUGCAUAUUAAGAAAACGUUAUAAAUGUGAUUAUAUAUGUUUUAUCAAUUUGUAUAUACUGUAUGUUCUUACCUGUAAUUAUGUGCUAUUUAAGAUUUGCAAUGACUAUGUUACUCGCAAACAUUUGUAUAUACUCUGUUAAUUAUGUACAUACAUAUUUAAUCAUUCGUUCAUGAAUGCAUUUUUGGAUAAUUGUAUAUACCUGUUUAAAUGUUGCAAUGAGUACACUUCAUGAGCCAAAGCAGAUUAUUUGAACAGUUAUUCUGAUUUUGUUCUAUCAGUGACGAAGUACGAGACGAUAUCAACAGUAUCAUGAAUCUCAUUUUUGUACAAAGUUACACAUUAAAAUCACCACACUUUAAA